GUGACACCUUUCGACUUUCCUGCCGCAUCAUCCCCCACGUAUUUACGAAACCCACCAUUCUCACCCCAGUUUAAUUUCUAUGGGUCGCUACCACCUCCCAUCGCGUAAAUAAAACCGCUCUCCCCCUUCCAACUCUGCAUAUUCUUCCUCCCACUCUCUCUCUCUCUCUAAAAAUUCUCAAGGACACAGCGGCCAGCAUGCUCACCAUCCUCGCCGCCCUCUUCGUCAUCCUCGCCGGCCUCUUCGUCGCUCUCCUCUUCGCCCUCCUGCUCAACGUUGUCAUCCACUUCCUCUUCUGCGCCGCCGCUCGACGCCGCCUCUUCCGCCACCCCCACCCCGCGCCGGCGGGCCCCGAGAAGCAGAUGGCGCCGACGCUGGUGUUCUCGCCGGGUACGAGGCUGGCCGGGGCGGAGGCGGACUGCGCCAUCUGCCUCGCCGAGUUCGUGGACGGGGAGCCGGUGAGGGUUCUGGCGCCCUGUAACCAUGGCUUCCACGUCCGGUGCAUCGAGCGGUGGCUGGCCGCCCGGAGCUCCUGUCCGACCUGCCGGGCGAGAUGCCACGUGGCGCCGGUCGUGGCCGAGCCUUAGGUAACGGCCAGAUAGACGGGGAGAUGUGUCCUGCUAGCAUGGUAGGGACUUUACGAUUAGCGUCAGCAAAUCAACGGUAUCGUGAUUGUAGUGCGAAUCUUAAUGUCUGCCUUUUUAAGCAUCAUGAUAAUUUUUUUAAAAAAAUUUAUA